AAGAGAAAGAAAGAGUUGCAGGUGGGGUCUAAUAGAGAGACUUUGAAUCAUGGAGCUCCAACUGGUUGCAAAGAUAUUCAUGUCCUUUGCACUGCUUGGUUUCAUUGGAUUGCUGAUACGGUUGUAUAAUGCUCUGGUGGUGAAGCCCAAGAGGCUCCGAUCUGCGCUCAGGAACCAAGGCAUCACCGGACCGCCGCCAACUUUACUGCUCGGAAACAUUAGGGAGAUAAAGAAGGCAAGAUCCACCACCACAAUUAAUGCUCCCACCGGUGAAAACCCCGUCACCCACAACUGUGCCACAAUUCUUUUUCCCUUCUUCGAGCAAUGGAGGAAGCAAUAUGGUCAUGUGUUUGUGUUUUCUCUCGGCAACACACAAAUACUGUUCAUAAACGAACCUGAUGUCGUGAGAGAGAUAACCACAUGCACAUCCUUGGACUUGGGAAAGCCAUCGUAUCAGCACAAAGAGCGUGGUCCUUUGCUUGGUCAGGGAAUUCUCACCUCAAAUGGCGCUGUUUGGGCUCACCAGAGGAAAAUCCUUGCUCCUGAAUUAUACAUGGAGAAGGUUAAGGGAAUGAUGAACUUGAUCACGGAAUCUACAAUCAAUCUGCUGAACACAUGGAAGAGUAGGAUUGAGACAGAGGGUGGAACCGCAGACAUAAAAAUCGACGAGUAUAUGAGAAGUUUCUCAGGCGAUGUGAUCUCAAGAGCAUGUUUUGGCAGCAACUAUUCCAAAGGGGAGGAGAUUUUCGUAAAACUACGAGCUCUGCAGGAGGCCAUGUCAAAGAAAGUUUUAUCCACUGGAGUCCCUGGCUUGAGGUACCUUCCCACGAGGAGCAACAGGGAAGCAUGGGGAUUAGAAAAAGAGGUUCGAAAUUUGAUACUGCAGGUGGUGAAGGAGAGACAGAAAGCCUCCUAUGAGAAAGAUUUGCUGCAGAUGGUUCUUGAGGGCGCCCAGAACAGUGACCUGAGCCAAGAGGCAACCGACCGCUUCAUUGUCGACAACUGCAAGAACAUAUACUUGGCUGGGUUUGAGACCACCGCAGUUUCUGCAACAUGGUGCCUUAUGCUGUUGGCUUCAAAUCAAGAAUGGCAAGACCGUGUCCGUGCUGAGGUUCUUGACAUCUGUGGAGGCGCUACCCCUGAUGCGGAUAUGAUUCGGAAGAUGAAACAGCUCACGAUGGUGAUUCAUGAAUCAUUGCGGCUUUAUCCCCCAGUAGCGGUGGUGUCUAGGGAGGCCUUCAAGGACAUGAAAUUCGGGGACAUUAAUGUUCCCAAGGGUGUCAACCUCUGGACUAUGGUUCUGACCUUGCAUACUGAUCCAGAAAACUGGGGACAGGAUGCCUACAGAUUCAACCCAGAUAGAUUUGCAAACGGAAUAACGGGUGCUUGCAAGCUUCCACACUUGUACAUGCCAUUUGGAGUUGGGCCCCGCGUGUGUCUUGGACAGAACUUGGCCAUGGUUGAACUCAAGAUACUUAUAGCUCUCAUUCUGUCCAACUUCUCCCUCUCCCUCUCCCCCAAGUACUGCCAUGCACCUGCUCUUAGGUUAGUUAUUGAGCCUGAACAUGGAGUAGAUCUCUUGGUGAGGAAGUUGUAGGCUUUUUCCCUUGAUUGGGCUUGCUCUUGCUCGAUACGACAAGAAUAUAGAAAAUAAAAUUUUUUUUCGUAAUGGUAAACUUCUCUAGGUAACUAGGAUUUCCUGCUGUGAUCGCAGGUAAACGAUGAAGUGCAGAGUUGUUCACUCUUCUGCAUUUAAUAUCCUUUCCAUUUCUUGUUCCUAUGUUUGUUUGUACUCCUUGUUUAUACCCCUGUACUGAAUAAGAUUUGAAUAUCCUUUGUUCCGA